UACAACAGUUAAUUUUGAACAUUCAAGAUGAGCAUACCGUGGCUCAACAUUUGCUGAACAUACUUUCGUUGUAGGAACAGAUAUUAUUUUGUAUUCAAGAAUAUGUGUAAUAUUUAAAACUUUGUUAAGUAGGAAUGAAAGUUUUGGCUUUAAUUUCUGCAAUAUUAUUCAGUUUCUUAGGAAUUCAUAUUAAACCAGAACAAAUACUAAAUGAUCAGAAGAUCAGUUCAUCUAUCGUAACUUACUUUUAUUUAUAAAAGAACUACACACGUGCUUUAUGAUCUUACUCGAUUUAUCCACAAGUCUGUGCUUCAUUGAUAUGCUCGUUUCUUUAAUUUGUUGAGAAACGAUCGAACUGUGCAGAGUGUGAAUGGAAAGCCAAGUUGAGAGAGAAGUUUAAAAUACGAAGAAAUGAAAUGAAAAGGAGAAAGUCGAAAGUGUGCAUCUUUAUGACAAACAGUUUUACAUGGGUGCUGCAAUAUUUUCUUUCAAAUUUGCGAAAAUUUUGGUUGUUGAAUAAUUAAACUAAACACACUACCUUAUUUUUGAUAGAUGUGCUCGUUCGUGUGUGCUAUAAGCAUGGUUUUGAAUCUGUGCGUCUUAUAUAGCCCCAAAGCCUAACGUUAAAUGAGCAUGAUAAAUUGCUAAGGAUAUGAAUCAACGUAAACGAAUGGAUUCGGUCGUUAUACACCCGCUCAUUUUCAUAGUUAUUAUUCCUGUGUUAACUAUCAAUGGAUAUGGGUAUGAUUCUGCAUCAUCUUGCGACCCGAAUGCAUCAAGAAAAGGUCGAUCGUCACAAUUACUGAAGGCGAUUCCAUGUGAUUUGAGCUCUCAAGCUUAUUGUAACUUGCCGGGAACUGCAUAUCCUUGGCAUGCCGUUCGUCGGUUCGUUCACGAAAAUCAAGGCCUGAUGCGAAGGAUGUAUGGCGAUAUACGACACAUAUCUGUUCUCAAAACGGAAAUAGAUAAUAAUGAAAUUGAUAUAGAUGACAUAUAUCAUACUGCUGAGAGAUACUCUAGAAUGGAUACUAGUAAAAAAAUGAAGCAUAUUCACCCUGUACAAUUUGAAUAUAGUAGGGAUAAAAGUAACGAUCUCAUUACUGAGCCACAUUUCAGACCAACACAGAAAGUAACAACUUCGAAGACGCCAACAAAAGCAUCAACAAUGACAGGUUCACUACCCAUCAUUACAGGUACAAAUUCAUCAACAAAUGUCACAAGUGAACAUAGCAUGAAUCUAUCUCUCGGUUCUUCUACAGAAUCAAAUGAAUUUUUGGUCGUGAAUGUUACAGAAGAUAUGUCUGUGAACUCUAAAGAACAUGAUAAGAUCGAUAUGAAGAAAUUAUCAUCUAUUGCUAAUUUAGAAAUGAGUGAUGGGUUACUGAAUAAUAUUUCAUCUGGAACUGUAUCUACCCCAGAAAAAAGUAAUGAGAAUGAGUCAAUUCAGACUCAAGAGAUUCUAUUGAAUAUGACAAAUGACAAUUCUAAAAACCUUGAUGCAACCACUAUUUCACCAGCAGAUAUAAAAAGAAAAGACAAAGAGAGUGAAAACUCAAAUGAUUCAUCGAGUGAAAAUUUGGUUAAUUCUUCCGAGCCAGUAAGUGAGUUCAAAGAUGAAGUAAAUCCUGCGGAAGCGAUUAAAAAUACUGCAAACGGAUCGAAAAAACAAGAAGGUCAGCUUUUUCAGGACACUGCCCAAAAAGAGACGCCAAUGUUAAACGUAAGAGGAGUAAACGCAUGCCCCGUGAAGGAAGAAGUUGUUGCACCAUUCUGGGCCAAUAAUACAAGAGGAGAGGUUCUUGCGUUGCUCAAUCUUUAUCCAUUUGAACAGUAUGUACAUUGGGAAAAAUGUGCCUUCGAGUUUAAACAGAUGUAUUGUCGGGAAGGAUGUCGUUGUGAGCAACAAUAUAGACUACAUCGACUGCUGGCAUAUGAUCCGCACAAUGAAUGCAGAGGAAUUUUUUCGGAUUGGUUCAGAUUUCCUUCGUGUUGUAUUUGUAAAUGUUAUGAUCUUCCCUUCGAUUUGCGAGUUACAUCCAGAAGCCCGAGGACAGCAUUGGACGAAUCUAUGCAGUACGUCGAGGAUGAAUUGAAGAACGCUAUAUAUGAUCAUGCAAUUGAGGAAUGGUACCGGCCUAAAGAUGUUGAACCCCCAUGAUACAAAAAAAAUUUCUUUCAGAGCAAAAUAUCUGAUAAUUUUAAGUAACCACUGGCUACAUACUAGAUUACUAGUCAAAAAAUCAUACAUUUGAA